AUGUCUCCCACAAAGCGAGCAAGCUCGAAAUAUUCGGAUUGGUUUGAAAAGGCUUUGAGAGAUGGUAUUAUAACCCUUUAUAAAUAUUCUUUAUAUAGUAAUGUUAAAGAAGUUGGAAAAGGUGGAUUUGGGAUAGUUUAUUCAGCUGACUAUGAGGGAAGAAAAGUCGCAUUAAAAAGCGUUAAUACUAAUGAAGUGACUAAAGAAUUUGUUAUCGAGCUUAAGAGACUAAGUUCCAUUAAGUCUCACCCUAAUCUUAACCAAUUCCAUGGAGUUACGAUCGAUACAAAAACUGGAAAUCUUAUGUUGGUACUGCAAUUUGCUAAUAGAGGAAACUUGCGACAAUAUUCAAAAGAUCAAUGA